CCUCGCACCACGCCAGCAGUCAAUGCAAACGAUCUGCAUCCGCUUCUAUUAUUUAACGACAUCAUUCCUAUCAACCUAACAAUAGAUUGGGCGUUGAAGCAAGCGAUAUCUAGACAUGGCCGCAGCGAAUGGAGCCCACCAUGAGGAAUCAAUGCACCCUGCAAUAACUUUUCCCCUCCCCGAAACGUGUCUCUUCUGCUUCGAAGACCUCGGGCCAGAUACUCCGUAUCGCCAACUAGUAUGUGGUCAUUAUUUCCACUCGCCCUGCAUAGCCAUCUGGGUAAAUCGCGCCAGCGUAACCAGCAAAAGUAACAGCUGCCCUUUAUGUCGGCAGAUCCUAGGGCCUAAACCCUGGUCACGAGGCGAAUACAGGGCUACGCAUCUGGAGAGCCCGCGGCAACUCAGAAUAUCGUCCUUGUGGAGGGACUGGUGGAGUCCACGGACGAGAAAGUCGCCGACUCGAUGAACAUGAUAAGGUCUGUGACACCGCGGAAGAAGUUUCAUUUCUUAGCGACGGCUGGAUUUUAAGCCUUCUUUCCGCUUACCUAUUCGGUCUUUGAACUGCUCUUGUACAAAUAGUAGUGAAAAUAUACUGAAGGCACGUUAUCAG